GUCGACCUCACGCGUGUCUUCAGUCAAGGCGCAAAUCUCACGGCGGUCUGUCAGUCAGUCAGUCUGUCUGCCUUUCCCUUCCCUCAACGCACGAACGCACAUGUAUGGGUAAAAGACGUACUCGAUCGGUCAAUCUAUGGAUCGCUCAAUGGAAUGGUGGGUGUGGCUCAUCCAUCUAGCUGUUGCAGUCACUCGUCAAUGCCGCAACUUCCUCGGCCACCGUCUCCUUCGACUUAAGGGGCGGCUGCACGCACAUACGCGCGCAAAGACGCCGAUCCGUCUGUCCUUCUUUAUCCGUCUCCUCGCACACUUACCGCUGGUCCGGGUGGUCCGAUUCCGUCGACCCACGGCUUGCCGCUGCAGGGCCUGGCGUUGGGUGGGGGGCCAGGCAGCUUCCUCUCCUCGGCAGCACCGGGGGCCCCAGCUGCAGUCACGCAUUCAUUCAUGUGCACCGUGUAUGUGUGUUUCUGUGUCUGGUCUGCCCUCUCAGUCACUCACGGACGCACUUGGAGGAUGUGGCUUCUCUCGCGCGUGAAUGGGCUUGACCUUCGGCGGAUGUUGUUCUCCUUUUGUUGUUGUUCCUUCCUCGCUCACUGCUUCCGUUGAGCUGCUCACCUCAGGAUGCCCCUCAUCUGUUUCCAAUGUUUCCUCGGGAACUUUCCUGUCUUCAUCUUCCGAGGCUGGCGCGGCGUCUCUUGUUUCAUCUUCUUCCGGUGGCUCGUGGAUGGAGAAUUCCUCGGCUUGUGGUUUGUAUUCUACUUCACUGUACCUCCCCAUUUUCUCCUCUUCACUGGGCUCGGCUGCAGACAGAGGGAGCCGCAGAGGUGAUUCAUGAGCUCCAGAGUUCAUACGUACCUGGCUCCUGAGAGUCGCGCAGCGAGUCGUGAGGCUCUGUGGUAUCGGCUGCAGACAGAGGGAGCCGCAGAGGUGAUUCAUGAGCUCCAGAGUUCAUACGUACCUGGCUCCUGAGAGUCGCGCAGCGAGUCGUGAGGCUCUGUGGUAUCGGCUGCAGACAGAGGGAGCCGCAGAGGUGAUACAUGAGCUGCAGAGUUCAUACGUAUCUCGCCUGGCGUAGUAGUAUCUGUUGUGGACGAUUGUUGAUCUUGCUCGACGGAGUCGCGUAUCACGCCAGCCAGUGAGGACACAUCAUCUCCAUCCUGUUGCGACUGGCUCGUCUCGCCUGGCCUAUCGCCUCCUGGUUCAGGUCCAUCUCUGUCUCGGUGGAGCUCUGAAAAGCCAAGCACAUAGACACACGUAUGCGCGCGUAGGCCAUGCACGGCAGCUCCCACUCCUUUGACCACCGGUGAAUCUGGUAUCUGCGGCAAGACGACGCAUCGGGCGUCCCUUCAGGUGACCGUGACCAUGUCUGUGUACAACGCCGUCUCUGUGCCGACGAGAAGCGUGCUCAACGAGGGCGGCGGGAGGUGCAGCGAGGGCCGUCUUGCUGGUCUUUUUGUGAUGCUGACGCCUCACAAUAUCGUGGUGGUGGUGUGGCGACGUCGCGUCGACCGGAAGGAUAAGAGAGCUGCCACGAUGGCGACGGUGCGACAAGUGGCGAAGAUGCAGAUGAGAAGGGGCCGUUGCAAUGCGCUUUCGCGUCAGAAAAGAGGGCGCAUGGGAAUGGUUGGCUGGCGGCGUGCUAAGGAGGGAGGCAGCGGCCUGUGACGCCAGUGAAAGCAGGAGAAGAGACGGCGGCAGAAUCACCAUGGCCCCUCUGCAACAGUUCACGCAGUAAUCAUAAAGGUCUCGUCCAAGGGACGGCAGGGGUGGAAUAGGGAUGGCUUGAAGGGGAUAAGGGGGAUGAAGGUUGGGGAAAGUCAGACAAAAUGUAAGACGG